AUGACCGCUUCCACCGUGCCCAUCAUUGUCAGCGCUGCUGAGCAGCUCGAGAUUGACGUCGACACCCUCGAUGUCGGUCUCUCGCAGCAGCUCAAGUCGCUCGGCGUCCACCCCAACGACAUGACCUCGAACCAGUUCAUUGUCGCCGACGCCCUGGCUACCGAGGAGAACCAGGCCAUCCUCGAGCAGGUCAUCCGCGACAGCCCCGAUGCCGACUGGCUCACCAUCCUCGACAAAGUCAGCGUCAAGCUGUGCUCGCUCAACAUUGGCAACAUCUCUGGCCGCGCACUCCUCCAGGCCUCGCCCUCGCACGCCUACAAUGCCGAGGGCAUCGUCGCCCACGCCCUUGCCUACGACCGCGAGUUUGCCGCCGUCGGCAUCACCAAGGAGCGCUACUGCAUCAAGAUCCUCACCACCGGCGCUGGUAUGCUCGCCUCGCAGAUCCUCCAGAGCCAGCACGGCAUCCAGACGCUCGGCACUGGUCUCUUCUCGGUGCCCCAGGCGCUCGCCGCCGCCCAGGCCGGUUGCCUCUACAUCUCGCCCUACUACAACGAGAUCCUCGCCCACUUCACCCCUCCCGCUGAGAGGUUGGUCUACGAGAACCCCGCGACGCAGCACCCCAUGUCGCCCCGUAUGGCGCACAUCUACCAGGCCUACCGCGACCUUGCUGUGGCCAACCCAUCGCAGCGCGUUCCCGUCAUCAAGGCUGCUUCUUUCAUUGCCAUGAACGAGGUCCUUGCCAUGCCCGAGCUCGGUGCGCAGCAGACGACCAUCCUGGCCCCCACCCUGGUCGAGAUGAUCUCUGGUCAAACCACCGCCCGCCCUGCCGGAAGCAAGGUCUACCGCCCCAGCAAGACGUAUGCGCUCGAGUUGCCCGAGGCGACGCUGCCGCUGCUCAAGGUCGACCCCCUCCGCGCCGACGGCGUGCCCCAGGUGUUCGACCUCAAGACCGACUACCUUGGCAACAACGCUGCUGGCCUCGAGGCUGCCAUCGCCGCCGACCCCGAGACGAGCAGGAGGAUCAAGGACGCCGUCGAGGUCUUCCAGAAGGCCGAGCUGCAGGCCAAGGCGCUCAUCGACGCCGCCAUCCUCAAGGUCCGGGGUGUUACUGUUGCUGCUUGA